AUGAACAAGUGUGUGGUUGAAUGCAAACACAGGUUGGCGAGGGAGAAGCGGAAACGAAAUGGUUACUGGACAUUUCCCUGUUUGGCUGAGGGGCUAAAAGCUAUACACCCAGUCUGCAUUCAAUGGUGGCAGGUAGAGAUGGCAGUCUGUCUGGACGUGCUGUCCAUAGCCAGACUUGUGGUUGGGAGCGUAAUCCUGCUGCUUCUCUACAGUGAUGCAGUGUGGGGGAAUUACACUUUGUUCACGCGUGACUCCCGCUCAAACAGCACUAAUGGGCCAAACAUAGCAGCCAUUGUUGCUCCGACGGUGACGCUGGGAGUUCUUGCCAUAGUGCUGGGUGUGGUGGGAUGGCUGCUCUGUGUGGUGAAGAAGAAGAGGCAGACUGAGGGCACUUACAGGCCCAGCGCAGAGGAGCAGUCUGGAACCAAAAGUGUUGUGGCUCCUGAUGCUCUCAAGCUGCCCAAAGAGGAGAGACUCAUCUGA